AUGACGCGCCAUACCCCGGCCCCCGCACUACUCGGGCCCGCGCCGCUCGGCCCGGUCCCGCCGGCCACGCCGACGCCCUCCGGAGACGCGCCGCCCGUCGACCGGCCCCGCGCCGGGACCCCGACGCCGGCCCCCUACCUCCCCUGCUCCGCCUCCGGCCCAGCCACGGCACCGGUGCCGUGCCGGCCACCGCCGCCCGCCGACCUCGAGCUGCACGCAUACCCCAAGCCCACCGCCGCCUACCAGACCCCGCCUCCGUCCCAUACCGCCGGCGUGCCCGCCAUGCCGUGCUCCGGCCCCGCCCGGACGCAGUCACCGCACGCCGGCCGCCCGGACCCCUACCGCCGGAGCUCUCCCCGCCGCCUAUAA